AUGGCAAAGAACUUAGUGCUGCGCCACCGCCCUAUAAAACCCCAUCCCCACUCUCUCUUCGUUAUCAAAAAAAAAAAAAAAAAAAAAAAAGCAUCUAUACGUGAAGUAGUUGUCGCCAUCGCCAUUUCUCUCUCUACACGAGGAGGAGGAGGAGGAGGGGUGAGGGAGCCCCUGCUCCGGCGCCGGCGCACCUUGAACACCACCUCCCAGAUCGCCAUCGUCGGCGCCAACGUGUGCCCCAUCGAGAGCUUGGAUUACGAAAUUGUGGAGAAUGAUCUAAUCAAGCAAGAUUGGAGAUCGAGAACGAAAGUUCAGAUAUAUCAGUACAUAGUUCUCAAGUGGACUCUCGCUCUUCUUAUAGGCAUAAUAACUGGAGUUGUUGGCUUCUUCAACAACCUUGCAGUUGAAAACAUUGCUGGAUUCAAACUAGUGUUGACAAGUGAUCUCAUGCUUAAGCGCAGAUACUUUAGUGCAUUUCUAGUAUAUGGAGGAUGCAAUUUGAUUUUGGCAACUGCAGCUGCCGCAAUCUGUGCUUAUAUCGCUCCUGCAGCUGCAGGAUCUGGUAUCCCUGAAGUUAAGGCAUACCUAAAUGGAGUUGAUUCUUAUUCUAUGUUGGCUCCUAGUACACUCUUCGUAAAGAUAUUUGGUUCAAUUCUCGGAGUUUCUGCUGGAUUUGUAUUGGGCAAGGAAGGGCCCAUGGUGCACACGGGCGCUUGCAUUGCCAACCUGUUUGGUCAGGGCGGAUCCCGCAAGUAUCAUCUGACAUGGACUUGGCUCAAAUAUUUUAAGAAUGAUAGGGACCGUCGGGAUUUGAUCACCUGUGGUGCUGCAGCUGGAGUUGCAGCCGCCUUUCGUGCGCCUGUUGGUGGUGUCCUCUUUGCUCUUGAAGAAGCAGCAUCUUGGUGGCGAAGUGCUCUUCUCUGGAGGACGUUCUUUACGACGGCUAUAGUUGCUGUUGUGCUGAGAGCUUUAAUAGUGUUCUGCCGAAGUGGAAAAUGUGGACUCUUUGGGCAAGGAGGAUUGAUCAUGUUUGAUGUUAGUCAAACCAUUAGUACGUACAGUAUUUCAGAUCUUAUCGCCAUAUUAGCCCUUGGAGUCAUUGGGGGCCUGUUCGGAGGCCUCUUUAAUUUUCUCAUGGACCGUACUCUUCAUGCAUAUAGUAUCAUCAACGAGAAAGGUGCUCCAUUCAAGAUCCUCCUCACCAUCGCCAUUUCUCUUAUCACCUCAUGCUGCUCCUACGGCCUCCCCUGGCUCGCCAGGUGCACUCCGUGCCCAGCAGGCAUCCAGGAGCAGUGCCCGACAAUCGGCCGCUCGGGCAACUACAAGAAUUUCCACUGCCCCCCCGGACACUACAACGACCUUGCCUCACUCUUCCUCAACACAAAUGACGAUGCCAUUCGCAACCUCUUUAGCGCCGGCACCGAAAACGAAUUCCACAUUUCCACCCUCGUUAUCUUCUUUACUGGCAUCUACUGUCUCGGCUUCAUAACUUACGGCAUUGCAGUCCCUGCUGGUCUCUUCAUCCCUGUUAUUCUCGCCGGCGCUUCCUUCGGACGCAUUGUAGGAACUCUUCUUGGCACGAUCGCUGACCUUGACCCCGGCCUCUUCGCGCUACUUGGUGCGGCUUCUUUUCUCGGUGGGACUAUGAGAAUGACCGUCUCGAUCUGCGUUAUUAUCUUAGAACUCACCAAUGACCUUCUUAUGCUCCCCUUAGUUAUGCUUGUUAUUCUCAUAUCCAAAACCGUCGCCGAUAGCUUUAACAAGGGAGUUUAUGAUCAAAUUGUCAUAAUGAAGGGCUUGCCUUACAUGGAGGCCCAUGCAGAGCCAUACAUGAGGCAUUUGGUCGCAGGAGAUGUGGUGUCGGGCCCGCUUUUCACAUUUUCAGGCGUGGAAAAGGUUGGAACCAUUGUGCAGACACUAAGGUUGACAGGCCAUAAUGGUUUUCCGGUGAUCGAUGAACCGCCACUUUCUGAUGCACCUGAGUUGGUCGGUCUCGUGUUAAGAUCUCAUUUAUUGGUAUUACUAAAGCGCAAGAUCUUCACCAAGGAGAGGGUUAAAGCGGGGGUAGGGGAGGUACUACAAAGGUUCGGCAAAUUCGACUUUGCAAAGCCAGGAUCGGGGAAAGGUUUGAAAUUCGAAGACUUGGAUAUCACUGAGGAGGAAAUGGAAAUGUAUGUCGACCUACACCCGAUAACGAAUACUUCGCCAUACACGGUUGUUGAGACGAUGUCGCUAGCUAAAGCCGCAAUGCUUUUCCGCGAGCUCGGGCUCAGGCACCUGUGUGUUGUGCCAAAGACACCUGGAAGGCCUCCGAUCGUAGGAAUUCUCACACGACACGAUUUUAUGCCGGAGCACAUUCUUGGGCUAUUUCCGCAUCUCGAACCCCACAAGUAGGCCUAUAUAGAAUCCUUGUAAUCUUCCUCUUUCUCUCUCUUGUUUUGUCGUUCAUGUUGUUGUAACUUUAAGACGUUCGUUCAUGCUAUUUCAUCGGUUCCACUCUCGCGCUUUCAAAGAGAUAUAAGGCCUAUUUUGAAUGCUCAGGAAAGAACUGGUGCUGUACUGCGAAGCCUGAUUGUUUUUUGAUCCAUGUUUAUAUGCUUCAAGUUACAUAUUUGAGAGCUUUACCGCUAAACAACAUUGAAUCUUUAAUUUUCAAAUUCAGACAUUUGAUACUGCAGUUUUUGUAGAUUACUUUUUGGAAGAAUAAAAAAAGCUCUUCAAUAAUAUGCUUGUAAGUAUUGUAGAAGCCAGAAAUGUUGUAAUAUUUGGAGUGACUUUGAAUCUAAUAUUUCCAUUUGGUACCGUUU